AUGAUGCCACAGGUAGACGAUGUAUCGAGCAAUACCAUAUCAACUUCUCAACAAGACACUGGCAACAAAGCAUCGAACUAUAUUGUUCAAGUUGAUGACGUUCCACCAGAAACUGCGUCAAGAGACGCCAUUCAUACCUCUUCCAAGAAAACAAGUGUCGUUCCAAGCGGAACAAAGACAUACGUUGUGGGACUUCGCUCUACAGCUGAUGGCAAGAACUUUUGCAGUGCUUCGCUCAUUACUCCAAUUCACAUUCUUACUGGAACGUAUUGUGCAUUGGACAACGUUCGUUGGGCCUCAAUUGGCUCACACUAUGUAAGUGGAACCCAAGAUGGUGAACAGAUCAAGGUUGUGGCAAUUCUGAACCACCCAAAAAGCUCAAGAGCGGACUUUUCAUUUGACUUUACUAUUCUUGUGCUCGAAAAACCCAGUACGUUUCAGCCAGUAGCAUUGGCUAACUCGGAUGAUUCCGAUGUUAAGGACGGUGAAUGGGCUAUUAAAAUGGGCUGGGACGACACUGGAGGCGCAAAUACUUUGACAAAUGAAUUGAUGCGUGCUGACGUUCAGUUGAUGAGUAACUCGGAUUGCAUGAAACAAGCGAAUAUUACUGAAACCAUGUUGUGUUCACGUGGAAAUGUGAAUGAAACAUCAUGCACAGGUGAUUAUGGUGGUCCAGUUAUUGUCAAGCGUUCGAGCCGUGAUGUCGUCGUUGGUUUGGUCUCCUGGGGUGAUGACUGUGACAAGCCUGACUACCCUAGCAUUUACUCGCGUGUAUCAAGUGUUCGUGCAUGGAUCAACUCCGUUAUAAAUGGUGUAUGUUUCCACUGA